AUGAAGAACUAUUAUCAAGUGAUCACAACCCCGACAGCAGACACACCCGGUUCGACAAUCAUUCUCCACUAUCCCGACAAGCGGUACUUUUUUGGCCAGCUGUCAGAGGGAACUCAACGGGCCUGCACAGAACGUGGGAUCAAGAUCACCUCCUUGACUGAUAUCUUUCUCACGGGACGUACGGAAUGGGCUAACACGGGAGGUAUGAUCGGGGUGAUCUUGACCUUGGCAGAUUCCAUCGCGGCGGCUAAUGGAGCGAUUCAGUCGGUAAACGAGCAAAAGGCACUCCGACGAGCGGUCAACCAGCCCCAGCCCUCUCAGAAAACACAGAACUCCCCGGAACUGCCCGUCGGUCAAGAUGUUGACCUGAUGCAAGUCAAUUUGACAAUUCAUGGAUCCACAAAUCUGACGCACACAUUGGCGACCGCUCGACGAUUCGUCUUCCGCAAGGGAAUGCCCUUGUACACUAAGGAAUAUACCUUUGAGAGUAUUGCGAAGCAAGUAACCGCUGAUUUGAAGGAUCCUUUCGUGAAGCCUACCUGGUCCGAUUCCAAUAUCAAAGUUUGGGCCUUGCCGAUUAGACCAUACUCUUCAGACAGUCCCCAGACCACUUCGGUGCAAAGCACGCGAAAGAGGAGUCUGGAUGAAUUCAAAGAGACUGAUACAUCCGUGGAUGGUCUUGAUCAGCACACCAUGGAUAACUUGGUGAGACAGUCUGUUGUUACGGAUAUGUUUAAUUCCCAGUGGAGAAAGGACACUCUCCAUGAAAUGCCUCUGGCAGAUGUAAGCAUGCCUGCAGCUCUGUUUGUUCGCAACGCCGAGACAAAAGACAUCGAAGUGUACACAGGCCCGAAGCCAGGUGAAGGAUUUCCUUUGCCUAAAAUCAAUGUACUUGUGCGACGACCAUGGCCUGGUGCUAACGUGGACAGCCUGCCGCCCACGUCCCCUUCAAAAGAGGCCCUUUGCUACAUCAUUCGUGGCCAUGACAUUCGCGGUAAAUUUGAUGUGAAAAAGGCUAAAGAUCUGAGAGUUGAACCAGGCCCUAAAUUUGCUGCUUUGACACGAGGUGAGAGUGUCCAGUCCAUGGAUGGGAAAACUAUCACCUCCGACAUGGUUUUAAACCCGACUACGCCAGGCAAAGGCCUAGCUAUCAUGGAACUCCCGUCUGUGGAGUACAUCGAGUCCCUCUUGAAUCGACCGGAAUGGAAGUCCCCCGCAGUAAUGACCGAAUUGAAGGCAUUUGUAUGGAUUCUUGGCCCGGGGGUGGGCGACCAUCCCAAACUGAGAGAGUUUGUAGCAAUUAUGUCCCACUGCGAACAUACUGUUUCCAGCGCGGACUAUUGUCCAAACUACCUGGCCCUUACAAAUGCCGCCUCAUCUGCUGUUCGACUUGCUCUCCUCAAAGGCGACAGCUACUCAAUUCCUGUCCAUGACAAUGUGACUCUUCCCCAGGUCCGAGCCACAACGCCACCUUCACUCGACAUCGCCGCAUCCAAUGAUUCUGCUAUAUUCAAGCCACUUAAUCCCGGGUUUAUAAUUGACAUGGAGCCGGAAUACAAAUUCAACGAUAGCGAGGUCAUGACUCGCCUGAAUACGGCGCAGACUAUCUUCAGAAUCCCAAAGGCUGUUGAGGAACGGAUGGCAGUCAUACGCACCCGUGUCUCCAAGCCGAACUUCCAGCGUAAGCUGAGGGAAUUCAGGAAAACUAUACCUAGCCCAGAAGCUGAAAUCAUUGCACUCGGCACUGGCUCCUCUUCGCCUUCCAAGUACCGCAAUGUCUCUGCAACAUUGAUUCAUGCUCCUGGAUUUGGUUACUACCUGUUGGAUUGUGGCGAAAACACGCUGGGUCAACUCGAACGAGUCUUCGAGCCCGAGCAGCUACGUGUUGUGCUCCAAAACCUUCGAAUGAUUUGGAUCAGUCACUUGCAUGCCGACCACCACUUGGGUACAAUCUCGGUCAUCAAGGCAUGGUACCGCGAAAACUAUGGUCCCGACACUACUCCAGUGAGCGAACCGGAAACCGACUUGGAAGCGAUUCUUAAAGAAAAGCGCCUGUUUAUCGUUUCUGAUGACGCGAUGAUUUCUUGGUUAGAGGAGUAUGCUGCUGUGGAGAACUACGGCGCGCACAAGCUGGUUUCUCUGUGUGCUCACCCUAGAUCAUCCAAGACCUCCAUUGUCACUGAAUUCACCUACCGGCACACAAUUGCUGGGCAGCCGCCUUUGAUCCCACCGCGCAGAACGGUCCUUGAUUUCAAAGACAACUCUUCUCCUCUCACACCGCUGUUGAAGUCGGCUACCGGCUUGAGUGAUAUUCUCACGACAUACGUAAAACACUGUCGUGGAUCUCUAGCCUUGUCUCUCGUCUUUCCGGACGGAUUUAAGAUCUCUUUCUCGGGUGAUUGCAGACCAUCUGGCAAAUUUGCUUCGAUUGGCCGUGACUCGACGGUACUCAUCCAUGAGGCUACUUUCCAGGACGACAUGGCUGGCUCGGCUCUUGCAAAGCGGCACUCUACAACUGGCGAAGCGUUAGAAGUUGGCCGGCGCAUGAACGCCCGUUCCAUCUUGCUCACCCACUUUAGCCAGCGGUACCAAAAGGUUGCCCACGUUGAUCAGCGUGCUGGUACUGCGAUGCACGAUAAUCUUAAAUCGUCUCCCAAGGUCGAAGCCAUGACAGACUGCCCUCGUGUUGAUGAAGCGAGAGACACCGACAUUCCAUUGGACGACCCAGAAGAGCCAUUGGGCUCCUCUGGGUUCGGCGAGGCACUUUCGGACGAUAUCCGCUUCUCUUCAAAAUCUGAACAACCCUUGUACGUUCCUGGUAUCAUCACUCCGGUUGCAACUGCGAUGGACUACAUGAGGGUCAAGGUCAGUGACCUUCCCUUAGCCCAGGCCUAUGCGCCGGCGCUGGAGAAGCUCAUCGAGGUUCUGGAGCGACAAGCUUCUCAAACCUCUGUAUUGAAAGCUCAGGCAGCGAAGAAAACGAUCAUCAAAAAUAAAAGCAAAAAGACCAAAGAUGUUCCUGUGGCAGCUGAACCUAAAGAACCUGUGGUUUCGGCGUUCAGUGCGAGUGAGAGUGAAGACGGAUGGGAGACCAGCGAUUACGAAGACUUGGGUAAUUGA